AAUAUAGUGACAACGUCAAUAAACAAAACUAUGUCAUCGUCGUAAGGUCGUACGUCAAAACAAAAAGCAAAAAUAAAGCGCAAUAUUGUAAUGAAGAUGAACACUUUAAAUAAUAUUUUGUAAAACUAGUUUAACAAUCGCCAUAUAUGCUGCUAUGAUUUAUAUUAUUACUCGGAUAGUGCUACCUUUUUAAAAUACUUGGUGACCCUUGUCACCUUGACAUGACAAUAUAGAUUACUUCAGUUCACUUGUAUUGCGCGGGCUUUUUAAUUAUUUUACAAUUUUUCAUGUGCAGUUUCCUAGCCUAUAUAAAGAGGAAAUAUUUUUUAUAGUAUCCAGUUGACGCCACUCUAAUACAGAGUUCAGUUGUGUAAUUUCUAUUUGCCUUCUUGAUUCCACUAGUUAACAAUGUUAUCCAAGUUGCCAAAAUCAUGCGAUACAUUUGUUGUGUUACCGCCGUUAACAAAAAACCAAUCCGUCGUGUUUGGAAAAAACUCUGAUCGUCCACAGAAUGAAGUUCAAGAAGUAGUUUUAAUCAAAGGAGGGACCCGGAAUGAUAAGCAAAAGUGCACUUACAUCACCAUAGAUGGGUUUUCACCAGUAAAUACAGUAAUAUUGAGCAAGCCAGCUUGGAUGUGGGGAGCUGAGAUGGGUGCUAAUGAUAAGAAUGUAGUUAUUGGCAAUGAGGCUGUUUGGACUAACAACAAUGAAGGAGAAGGUGACGCACAACCCAAGCGCUUGCUGGGAAUGGACUUGGUGCGUCUAGGAUUAGAGAGAGCUGAUACUGCAGAAGGAGCAUUGGAUGUGAUCACAUCACUGCUUGAAAAGUAUGGUCAAGGUGGUCCCUGCUCUGAACAUGAUGAUAGCCACAUCUAUCACAAUUCCUUCCUGAUAGCAGACACCAAAGAGGCCUGGGUUUUGGAGACCAGUGGCAAGUUAUGGGCAGCUGAAAGAGUCACAAGUGGCUACAGAAACAUCUCCAAUGGUCUUACUAUUGCAACAAAGAUUGAUAAGCAUUCCAGCAAUCUGAUGGAAAAGGCAAAGAGGUUGGGGCUCUGGGAUGGGCAGAGUGAAUUUAAUUUUACUAGAUGUUUCUCAUCUGGUGGUGAUGAACAAAGGCAGCAAGAAGGUGCCAGAUUGUUGAAAGAGGGAAGCUCUUCAUCAACAUUUGAUGUGAGGGACAUGAUGAAUGUAUUGAGACAUAAGGACAGCCGUAUUUGCAGAAGUUGUGAUGACACCUUCCCCACACAAGGAAGUCAGGUGUCCAGCCUCUCAGAUAAAACAAUAAGUGUUCAUUGGUUCACUGCUACACCGGACCCCAGUUUGUCAUGCUUCAAACCAUUCGUUUUCACUAAAAAUGCCCAAGCUUCUCCACUUAUCGUGAGCCCGGAUGAGCCACUUAGAGAACAUCACCUUUAUAAGUUGCAUAUGGGACGCAUAUCUGCAAGCGAUAAUGACGAUAUUGCCAAGGCUAUACAAAAGCUAGAAGAAGAACACAUUGCAGAUAUCGAGAAAUAUGCGAAUGAUAAUCCUACCAACCAAAACACUGAUAAACUUGAUAACGUACUCAAAGACUGUGUAGAGACUGAAGUAAAUUUAUAUGCUUAAAGUCUUCCUGUGUCAAUUUAAAAUAUUAUUUUAUUUACACGUUUUCUCAUUAGAUAAAACUUAUUUUUUCACCAAAGUUUCAAGUAAAAUUGUUAUGACUAAAUAUUAUAUAAAUUUAAGGACUAUAUCGUCCUAAAUAUCACUAUUAUGUUAGUUAUUUUAAUUUACUUUUAUUAUACAAUAUUAGUUUGUGGUGGGGAAAAUUCAUCUAAUUGGGUGUUUUGUUUGAACCAUUUUAAUCAUUGUUGUUAUAGUAAUUGACUAUUAUAAUUUAUAGCUGUUAGUAAUACUAUGUUAAGAUAAUUUUAUGAUAUAACAGAAUAUUGUAUUUUACAGAUAUUUUCUCUGGUUGCCAUAUUACUAAAAUAUGUGAAUUUAGUCAAAUUAUCCAGUCAUUUGGUAGCUGUAGAUUCUGUGUAGAUUCUGCAGUUAUUGGGAGAUAAUAAAUUCCUGUUUUAGGUAUAUAUUUUUGAACAAAAUCCCGUAAAAAUUAUAAUAAACGACGUUCUUCACUGAUGGCAAAUUAAUGUUCGCUAUUCUCUCUAACUACUCUUAAUUGUUUUCUACGCCGAUAUUGACACGUCAAGGGCAGGUAACUGGAUUAUAUGUUAAUAUAAUUAAAAAAAUAUAAUUCAGAACGGAAAUCUAUUUUCAAUAAACAUAUUUUAAAUUGCAGUAUUAUAAAGAGACUAUGUAUGCUAAAUACCUUUGUGGCCUUUAUUAAAUAAUUAUAUUUUGCUAAUGUUGCAGUUUAGUAAUUUAUAUGUAUUACAAAAAUCGUAAUUAUUUAUAUAUCUAUUUUAGUGCUUAGUAGUUAAUAUUUAAAUUUACAAUAAUUAUAAUUUGAUUGCAUAUGUUAACGUAAUUGGGGCUAUCUGGUGCUAAUUAUAAGCUCAAGUAGUUUCUUGUAUUUAAUUUUGUUUGUAACGGGUUACUUUAUGUAAUGAAUGAUUGACUUUAUUGAAAUAUAAAUACAUAUAACUAA